AUGCCACGUUCAAGACCGCUUCCGGACUGUGAAGGUCCCAAGCUCGAAUGCUUCCUCGACGAUAUUACUACCGACGACUUUAGGAUUCUAGGAUUCUCAGGCUCUGGAGCUCAUGCGCAAGUCUGGAAGGCCGAGAUUCAUGGAGAAGUCUAUGCCAUCAAGAUAUUCUCCGAUUUGCCAACAAAGGAGCCAUGGAUCUUCUUUUCAGCCUUCGACAAGCACCCCGAAACCGACCCCUACGACUGGGAAAUCGAGCCUCCUGUGGCAAAUGAUGAAAUAUCCCAGUCGACCAUUGAUAGUCUUCGGCUCCACGCGACCUCCUUCUAUAACGAAUGCCGUGUCUUUGGGAGACUGAAGGAGCUAGAUCGAGAACAUCUUGCCAUCAAAGCCUAUGGUUACGUCGAGUUUAAUCUUGAUGAUGAAAGGGUGCAGCAGAAAUUCCUCCCUUUCCUGGAAAAAUACGAGCGCCCGUGUCUCAUCAACCAGGGAAAGAAUGAUCCCACCACUGCAGACAUGAUCCAGUCCAUGUUCCAACACUACGACCUCAAGACACCGCUCAUGGCUAUUGUCAAAGAAUGGAUACCUCAUGCAGAAACCCAGGCAAUGCCAUGUGUGUUGACCGAGAAACAGAUGCGCUCCCUGCCCCAACUCCUCCGCAAUCUUCACGGGCUGCACAAGUCAGGCAUUGUGGUGCGAGAUCUCAAGAUGCAGCAGUACCUGGACGGGAAGCUGGUAGACUUCAGUUUCGCCUGGACCAUCCCGCACAUCUUUGGUCCAGAGAGUGGCCUCAAACCCCGUUGGAGCUUCGAGAGCAUGGCGGCGUGGGACCUCAAAUGCUUUCAGGACAUACUCGACUGCUUCGACAGGAAAGCCGACGAGACGGUGCCGCGUAUGCGAAAACAUAACCUUGUCGCAUGGAGAAAGGACGACGUUUACGAUCGCCUCCGGCCCAGACCUCAGAUGUACGGCCCCUCCCUGCCCAUGCUCAUCUACGAUAGCCCGGUCCAACCCAUGAUGCAUCGCCCGCCCUUUGACCCCGCCAAGUUCAACUGGCGGGCUAUCCAGAAGCCAACAAAGAAGGGUGCCGGGCGUGUUACCAAGACAAAGACACCUCAAAGAAGAGCGACAAAGAAGAGAGGAUCAAAAUGA